CCCGGCGCGGGCGGAACCUCCGCGCGCAGCCCGGCGGGCGGGCGGGGCGGGAGCGGCGCUGCCACGUCCGAGGAGCCGCGCAGGCCGGGCCGCCGCGGGGCUCGGGGCCGCCGCCAUGGUGUCGGUAAUUAACACGGUGGACACCUCCCACGAGGACAUGAUCCACGACGCCCAGAUGGAUUACUACGGCACCCGCCUGGCCACCUGCUCCUCCGACCGCUCCCUCAAGAUCUUCGACGUGCGCAACGGGGGGCAGAUCCUCAUCGCAGACCUGAGAGGGCACGAAGGUCCCGUGUGGCAGGUUGCCUGGGCUCAUCCUAUGUAUGGGAAUAUCUUGGCUUCCUGUUCCUACGACAGGAAGGUGAUUAUCUGGAAGGAAGAAAAUGGCACUUGGGAAAAGACGUACGAGUACACAGGGCACGAUUCCUCAGUGAAUUCUGUCUGCUGGGCACCCCAUGACUACGGCCUGAUCCUGGCCUGCGGCAGCUCGGACGGGGCCAUCUCGCUGCUGAGCUACACGGGCGACGGGCAGUGGGAGGUGAAAAAGAUCAGCAAUGCACACACGAUUGGGUGUAAUGCAGUUAGCUGGGCUCCUGCUGUUGUACCAGGAAGCCUUAUAGAGCAACCAUCUGGUCAAAAACCAAACUACAUCAAAAGAUUUGCAUCUGGUGGCUGUGACAACCUUGUCAAGAUCUGGAAGGAAGAAGAUGGUCAGUGGAAAGAGGAGCAGAAGCUGGAGGCUCACAGUGACUGGGUUCGAGAUGUAGCCUGGGCUCCAUCCAUAGGUUUGCCAACGAGCACCAUUGCCAGCUGCUCACAGGAUGGCAGAGUGUUCAUCUGGACCUGUGAUGAUGCCUCUGGAAAUUCGUGGUCACCAAAGCUGCUGCACAAGUUCAGUGAUGUCGUCUGGCACGUGAGCUGGUCCAUUACUGCAAACAUUCUUGCUGUGUCUGGAGGAGACAACAAAGUGACGCUGUGGAAGGAGUCGGUGGACGGGCAGUGGGCGUGCAUCAGCGACGUCAACAAGGGCCAAGGAGGGGUGUCUGCUGUGACAGAGGGGCAGCAGAAUGAGCAGUGAGGCACCAGGGGAUGCUCCAGCUGCAGCAAGCGAUCACUGUACCUGAUUUGCAAUGAUUCUUGAACCAGAUGAGAACUGUUUUUUUCUAAACUCAACAUGAAGAUGGGAAACAAUUACCUAAUUUGAUGAGCACUCUAUAACCAUUGCUGGAAGGCUACAAUAUGUUGAUAAUCAGCCUUAAUUGACAUUCCUUUAAAUUUAAAGAGCAUAGCAAAGCACUGUGCCUUAUACUACUCCUUGAUACUGUAGAAGUUGUGCCCUGUUUUUCCAGCCUAGGGAUCAAACUGAGUUGGACGUGCUGCAGACUUCAAGCACCUGCCUAGGAAGGGGAGGCAGCUCUUGGGGGUGAGGUGUGAACCCCUUUGUACAAGGGGACAAAUCCUCUGUCCCUUCCAAGGCCAGAACUGUUUCAGGUGAGGAGAAGGGCUGGUGCAGUUUGUGGCACUAAAUGACAGUGUGUGAGCUAGCCCUUCUGGUGGUAGUGAAGUGGUGCUUAGAUCUUCCUAAAAAUAAUGUGCUUGGAUAUGUGGAAGUCUCUGUGCUGUCCUGAGGAUUAAAAGGAGUAGUGGAAUGCAUAUGUCUUUUGCUUUACAAUAAUCUCAAACUUGGUUAUUUAACCAACAUCAAUACAUCAAAUCUUAACUCAAAAGAUAUUUUUUUUAAGCCACAAUUCUGUACUGUACCUCAGGUUUGGUUUUGGUUGUUUUUUUGUUGGUUUGUUUUGUUGAGAUACCAACAGAAUAAAGUCCUCUUGGUUAAA